UCUGAGGGAAAAAUGGGACUUUCAGUGAUCAGGAUGUGCAGUUUACCUUACCUGGGAGUGCUUCUAAUAGCUGUGGUUGCCAGUGACAUGAUUGAUAUGUGUUUGAAAUCAAAACAUACGUACUACAUGAAUAUUGUACUGCUGGAGGACAACACUUAUGAAUGGAGUAUGCCGCUUGUGAGGGCGGCCGUGGAACGAGCUAUACUAGAGGACAAGCAGGAGAAUGCUAAGCAUGGUUUAGACUUCACUUUGACGGCUAACUACAAUGGGUUCAACACCAACUUGUAUAAACGGCAGGGCUGUGGGAGCAGCACAUGUGAGGGGGUGACAAUACUCAAGAAGCUAAAUGCUAAUAGUGAAAUUGGAUGUGUCAUGCUGGGGCCUUCCUGCACAUAUGCCACCUUCCAGUUAGUACAUGAAGAAAUUGGCCUGCGCUUAACCAUUCCCAUCAUCUCUGCUGGGAGUUUUGGCCUCUCGUGUGACUACAAGCCUAAAUUGACCAGAAUUCUGCCUCCGGCGCGAAAGAUCUGUGACUUUUUCCUCAACUUUAUGAACGAAACUCUACCAUUCAAGGAGGACCCAUGGCACCGAGUCUACGUCUAUAAGAAGACCAACAAUGCAACUGAGGACUGCUUCUGGUACAUAAACGCACUGGAAGCACCAUCUAACAACUUUGCCAGGCGCACAGAGAGUGAGAUGCUACGUGGCGAGGAGGAGCUGAAAAAAGCUUUCCAGUCCUCGAAACGGCACAGCAACAUUUUAAUCUUAUGUGGGAAUGCUGAUGAGUUAGCUGCAGUAAAGGAGACGGUGGGCUCGAUUCCAAAAGACUUCAUGUUCAUUCUCCUAGAUCUUUACAACCCUGUAUAUCACGUAAGCCCCACAUCCGCUGCACAUAUGGAAGAUGUCUUAGUGAUCACUCUGCCACAGAGAAACUACAGCAGUGGAUCAAAUUCUUCAUUCAGUGAAACGAUAAAUGAUUAUGUGGCUGGAUAUCACGAUGGGGCUCUGCUGUUUGGCAAAGUGCUCAGAGAGAGGAUGCUCAGCAACCGCAACAACAGAACCUAUAAUCAUUCUGUACAUGACAACUUGUUUGGGAACAUCUCCUUUGAUGGAAUGGGAGGACACUAUAUGCUUGAUGAAUAUGGUGACAGAGACGUUAACUUCUCAGUCAUUUAUACAUCAGCUGUCAGUGGCAAGUAUGAAACUCUGCUAGUGUUCGAUACAUCACUGAAUGCAACCAUCAUGACUAAUCCAAACCCCGCUCUGCCUUGGGCAGGACAUAAGUUGCCCCCCGACGAGCCAAAAACUCCUGAUGAGUUUAAUACGCAGGACAUCAUUGUGAUUGUUCUGAGUCUCAGCGUCGUGGUGGUGACAGCAGUCGCUCUCAUCUUCUACAGUCAGAACAGGAAAGAGCGUUUUCUGCAGAGGAAAUGGUCUCACAUCGAACCUCACCUGAUUGGCCCUCUGGAUGAGAAGGAGGUGUCUCUGAAGAUUGAUGAAGAUAAGAGAAAGGACAGUACGUACUUCAGACAGCGAGGGCGCUACGACAAGAAGCCUGUAAUCUUGAAAGAGCUGAAACACGCAGAUGGAGACUUCACUGAGGACCAGCGGAUUGAGCUCAACACUCUCCUGCGCAUUGACUACUACAACCUGACCAAGUUUUAUGGCACGGUUAAGUUUGAGUAUGGUGUGUACGGGGUGUUUGAGCUGUGCCAGAGAGGCUCCCUCAGGUACAUUCUUAAUGACAGGAUCUCUUACCCGGAUGAAACCUUCAUGGAUAUGGGCUUUAAAAUCUCAGUCAUGUAUGACAUAGCAAAGGGCAUGUCGUAUCUCCACUCCAGUAACAUUGCAGUCCAUGGCCGCCUCAAGUCCUCCAACUGUGUGGUCGACAACCGAAUGGUGGUUAAGAUCACUGACUUUGGCUGCAACACUGUCCUGAAACCAGGAAGAGAUGUGUGGACUGCCCCAGAGCAUCUUCGUAAAGGUGGGGUGUCUCAGAAAGGGGACGUCUACAGCUAUGCGAUCAUUGCCCAUGAGAUUGUUAUGAGACAAGCCCCAUUCUACACACAGUGCUGCUCUGAUGUUAGAGAGAAGAUCUACAGGGUACAUUAUCCUACUGGACACAAUUUCUUCAGACCUGACCUGAACUUUGAGGGCGCAUCAGAUCGCGAGAUUGAGCUGUACACACUGAUAAAGAAUUGCUGGGAGGAAGACCCAGAACGGAGGCCAGAUUUUAAGAGAAUCGAGUUAACACUAGGAAAGAUUUUCAGUAACUUGCACAACCAAGCCACAGAGACGUACAUGGACAACCUGAUCCGUCGUCUGCAGAUGUACUCCAGGACUUUGGAGAAACUAGUGGAGGAGAGAACAGCUUUGUACAAAGCUGAGAGGGACAGAGCAGAUCGCCUCAACUUUAUGCUUCUUCCUGGCCCAGUGGUGCGUUCCCUGAAGGAGACGGGCAAGGUGGAGCCAGAGCUGUUUGAAGAGGUCACCAUCUAUUUCAGUGACAUUGUGGGAUUCACCACCCUCUGCUACUACAGUACCCCUAUGGAGGUGGUCGACAUGCUCAAUGAAAUCUACAAGAACUUUGACAGCAUUCUUGAUCACCAUGAUGUCUACAAGGUCGAGACAAUCGGGGAUGCUUACAUGGUUGCAUCAGGCUUGCCCAAACGCAACGGCAACAGGCAUGCAGUGGACAUCGCCCACAUGGCCCUGGACAUCCUGUCAUUUGUGGGGACGUUUGAGCUGCAGCACCUACCUGGGAUUCCUCUGUGGAUCCGUAUUGGUAUACAUUCAGGACCCUGUGCAGCAGGAGUGGUGGGGAACAAGAUGCCUCGCUACUGUCUCUUUGGAGACACAGUCAACACGGCUUCACGCAUGGAGUCCACAAGCCUGCCUCUGAGAAUUCAUGUGAGCCAGUCCACCAUCAAUAUCCUGCAGAGGACCGACUGCAAGUUUGAGUACGAAAAGCGAGGAGAGACAUAUCUGAAGGGUAAAGGGAAAAUGAUGACAUACUGGUUAACUGGGGUGACUGGGGGGGUUUACAACCUGCCGACGCCGCCGACAGCGGAGAACUUCCAGCGGCUCCAGCAGGACCUGGCAGAGAUGAUCGUGUCAAGUUUGGAUAAGCGUGGAGGUGACAGCUUCAAAAAGAGGAAGACUCUGUCCACCAAAAUCCAUCGGCGUGAGACCAACAGGAGUUUGCAGAGCGACAGACUGCCCGAGUACUUCCACAUAGCUGUCACUGAGAACCCCAGCACCUACCUGUGAUCACAGAAGAGCUUUCAGCAUAAAACACAGACACUGUACAGGUUUCUCAUGUCUGAAUCAGCACUGCUGGGUUUCUUGGGACAGUUCUGUUCGUUCAUAGGUUGGAGCGAUGAUGUUUAUAUUUGUCCAUGAGAAAUCCAGAUAAUGUGGGGGGAAGAUACCGAGCGCACUCUUCUUCACUUUGAGCCGUCCUUCUGUUUAUGUUUAGAUGUUGCCUGCAGGAAGCUCACCGAUUGAGAAACACUUGAUAAAAAUUAUUUACAAUGUAAAUAUCUUUUUCUGCUGUGAAGACAGUGGAACUCUAUCCAAACAGUACUUGUCAGGAAUAUUUUACCCUCUGACAACAUUUUCAGAGCAUCGGAAAGAUUUCUGUGUGGAUUUUUUUUUAUUUUGUUUUAUCAUAACACGUUUGAAAUAUAUAAGAUUCAAAGCAGUUCCUGUAUU